CUGCAAUCAGUAAGCCCUGAACCACAAGGCCAAAAUUCGCAAGUAUACAGAAGAAUGAGGUGCUCGUUACAACAAAAUAAACGGCCUGGGACCCUUUCAAUCAAUGGCGGCAGCUAGGAAUUCGGAAUUCCAAGACGCUUCCAUGUCCAUGAUUUCUCCAAACAAUCACAAAGGUAUGAGGUGCUUUAUACGCCAAAAUGAUUUUUUCAGAAAUGCCGGUUCAGCUUGCACUUGCACUUGCACGACUACCAUUCCCAUUUGCUGAACCACCAUCAUGACCAGUACCGUUGCUCGGAUCGCCUACUUGGCGUCGGACACCCUGGUGGAUCUUCAGCUACCUCCGCCAAAUACUUCCCUCUCUAUUCAGACUUUCACAUCUUUGUCAACUGCCUCCAGACAGAGACCGGCCAUCGUAUCAAUCCCUUCAGGUGGUGAUCCAGUAGGGUCCAUCCUCCGAAACGCCAGUGCUUCCCUCAUCUCCUUCACCGCAUCAGCAAACCCCCGGACCAUUACUAACAUCAUCCUUCGCAUAUCGGAGUUGUCCUCUCUACCACUCGUACUCCAUUUUGCACUUGAUGGUGACCUCUCUGAUGUCCUUCUUCUACGGUCCGCCAUCCCGUUCUUCUUGCUUUCCACGACAGCCCAACAAGCUCAUGACCAUGCCCUGCUGGCAUCCAAGCUAGCUCGAACAGAGAAAAAGGCCGUCGUUCAUGCUUACUAUUCAAGCACCGCGGAUAUAGCGCAAGAAGUCCCGGAGGACCAGGUUGUCCCAUUCCUUCUCGACAGCAGACUUUCUAAACACUCUCCGGCCGCCAGCAACGGUCAUGUGUCUACCACCAACGGGAAUGGUGUCAAUGGACAUACAAAUGGCGUCAACGGUACAAACGACCAUGCGAAUAGCCAUUCAAACGGCCAUUCCGAAGAGUCUACGGACAACUCGGCCGUAAACGAUCUUUUCAAAGCGUACGAGAUUGUGGCUCUGAGCACUGUAUCCCUCGUUCGUCGGCCCCUGAGGCCCCUCGUCUCACAGGGUGCGAGUGACGCAGAGACGAUCAUCUUCACUUUGGGCCAUGAAUUACCAGCUACAGCUGAGGGCGUGUCCAUUACAUCCGUAUCUCUCGUUACCCCUCUCCCUCCCUCGCGCAUUAUUGCAGCCAUUCCUCCUACAGCAAAGAGAGUCAUAGUUUUAGAGCACAUCUCUAAAUGGUCGAUGAAGUGGACGCCAUUGUACCUCGACGUGGUCAGUGCCCUGCAAGGCCAUGAACCACGCCCUAUCGUUCAAAGCGGUGUUUUCGGCGCUGUCGAUGGCAUCGCCUCUGUUGACAUUCUCAAGUUCCUACAGCACGCAUCGACCUCCUCGCCGUCGACGCGGCUUGAGUUGAGUCCACCAUCGGCCUCAACGCCUAGUAGCAUUGCACCCUUAGUCCCCAAGCACGAAGCAUCCUAUAGUAAAAUUCUGGCGCAUCUCUUCGACGAUCGUCUCGAAGUCGCAAACUCGCCUUCACUGGUCGCAUCUCAGGGUGAGAUUGCUACGACUCCCGAGUUUGCGUUGGGUCGUGUACGAGCGCAGCUGGAGCAGAGGCAACAGCUCAUUAACGCUGUUCAGGAAUUGCUGCAGAGCGGUGCAGUGGAUGUGGAACUACAUUCAUUGCUGAGUAAAUGGACACUCGCAAAGGAUGACAGUAAGAAGAGCAAGGGUCUCGGGGAGGAAAUUGUGGCAUCGCUGAAACUUGACCCGCUACCGCAUCCUGCUGCCACACGGAUUCUUUCUCUCAGGGCACAUUUCCCCGUUGUUUCCCGGUGGAUCAUCGGUUCUGAUGCAUGGUCGUACGAUUUGGGAUCAUCCGGGCUGCACCACGCUGUCGCGUCGGGCCUGAAUGUCAACGUUCUUAUUAUUGACAGCCUUCCAUAUUCUUCUCGCAAUUCUGGUGAGCCCAGCAGGCGGAAGCAUGACGUGGGCCUGUAUGCUAUGAACCACGGGGACGUUUAUGUUGCCAGUGUGGCCGUUUAUUCGUCAUAUGCGCAGGUUUUGCAAGCAUUCACAGAGGCUGACCAUUACGACGGGCCGAGUGUCGUCCUGGCUUACUUGCCUUAUGUGUCGGAUAACUCCCCUGCUCUCGAGGUACUCAAAGAGACCAAGCUCGCGGUUGAUUCUGGGUACUGGCCCUUGUAUCGCUGGGAUCCUUCGAAGGAUCGCGAGGGGAAGGAGCCAUUUUCUUUAGACUCUGACUCGAUUAAGAACGACCUCCAGCAGUUCCUUGACCGCCAGAAUCACCUUUCUCAACUGGUUCGAUCGAAGCCAGCGAUGGCCACUGAACUAGUCAGCAGCUUAGGGCAGAGCGUGAAAGAGGCAAGGAAGCAGAAGGCGCAACAGUCAUACAACGAACUCUUGUCGUCGCUGGAUGCCCCGCCUUUGCUCAUCUUGUAUGCUUCUGAUGGUGGAAAUGCUGAGAAAAAGGCCAAGCGCCUCUCCCAUCGCGCCCAGGCCAGAGGACUUUCCACCACCACCCUGGCUUCGUUCGAUUCCAUGCCGCUGGACAGUCUGGCUCAGGAAGAAUACGUUGUUUUUAUCACAUCUACCGCUGGGCAGGGUGAGCCGCCUCAGAAUGGACGUCAGUUUUACAAGGCGCUCAACGCUGCAGCUGCGAGUGGCGAUCGGACCCUGACGAAGCUCAAGUUUGGUGUCUUCGGCAUGGGUGACAGUCACUACUGGCCCAGACCCGAAGAUGCACAUUACUACAACAAACCUGGAAAAGACUUGGACUCUCGUCUAGAGAAGCUGGGCGGCGAGCGUGUUGUGGAGUUGGGACUCGGUGAUGACCAGGAUGCAGAUGGUCCUGAGACGGGAUACAAACCCUGGGAGCAGCUUUUGUGGAAGGUCCUCGGAGUCGACUCUAUCGAGAUCACAGAGGCCGAGCCUGAACCCAUUACGAACGAGCACAUAAAAGCCGCCUCACAGUAUCUGCGUGGAACGAUCGCCGAAGGUCUCCAAGACUUCAGCACCGGCGCUCUUGCACCUAGCGACGGCCAACUUACGAAGUUCCAUGGUAUCUACCAACAGGACGAUCGAGACAUUCGGGACGAGCGACAAGCGCAAGGAGCAGAAUUGGCGUAUAGCUUCAUGAUCCGAGUGAGGAUGCCUGGUGGUGUUUGUACGCCAGAACAAUGGUUGCAGAUGGAUGAGAUCGCAGACGAACAUGGGUGUGGCACUUUCAAGAUUACGACAAGAGCUACUUUCCAGUUCCACGGUGUCAUCAAGCGACACUUGAAGCCCGCCAUCCAGGAUAUUAACAGGGUUCUCCUCGACACACUCGCCGCAUGUGGAGAUGUCAACAGAAACGUCAUCUGUUCUUCCAUUCCGACAAUGUCGAAGCUACAUAGUCAAGUGUUUGCGUUCACGAAGGCCGUCAGCGAGCAUCUCAUUCCCAGGACAACUGCAUACCACGAAAUCUGGCUGGAUAAGAAAAUGGUUGCAGGGGACGCCGUCAAGGAUUUCGAACCACUAUACGGCGAAUUUUAUCUGCCCCGAAAGUUCAAAGUCGCUGUUGCCGUACCGCCUACCAACGACGUCGACGUUUUCGCCAACGAUCUGGGCUUUUUCGCAAUUGUCGGUAACGACGGUGAACUGACUGGUUUCAAUGUCUCCGUUGGUGGAGGCAUGGGUGUUACACACGGAAACAAGAAGACAUACCCCCGGGCUGGCAGUAUCAUUGGUUUCUGCACUCCAGAACAGGGUAAGCUCGUCGCAGAGAAGGUUAUGUUGACCCAACGGGAUAAUGGAAACCGUGCUGAUCGAAAGAAUGCUCGCCUCAAGUAUACGAUAGACCGCAUGGGACUUGACGUUUUCAAGGCGGAGGUUGAGAAACGACUUGGUUUCGCCCUCCAGCCUGCACGGCCAUUCACCUUUGACCGCAAUGUCGACGACUACGGCUGGGCGACAGGCGAAGAUGGCAAGCACCAUUUCUUGAUGUUCAUCGAAAAUGGACGCAUCCAAGAUGAACCUGGAAAAGAUUUCAAGACUGGUUUACGCGAGGUUGCUAAAGUGCACAAAGGCACGUUCCGGUUAACAGCUAACCAGCAUUUGGUGAUAUCGGAUGUGCCAAACGAGGAGCUUCCGGUCAUUAAAGAGAUCUUGGCAAAGUACAAACUGGACAAUCUCGUGCAUUCUGGGCUUAGGCUGUCCUCCUCAGCAUGUGUGGCAUUCCCGACAUGUGGUCUCGCCAUGGCAGAAUCAGAACGAUAUCUCCCAUUGUUGAUUGACAAAGUGGAAAAAAUUUGCGAGAAGAACGGUCUACGGAAUGAUUCAAUUGUGAUGCGGAUGACUGGAUGUCCGAACGGGUGUGCACGCCCUUACCUCGGAGAGGUUGCCUUCAUUGGCAAAGCACCCGGUUCAUAUUCGAUGCUGCUUGGUGGCGGAUUCUAUGGCCAAAGAUUAAACAAAAUUUACCGAGAAACGGUCACCGAGCCUGAGAUCUUGGCUAUCCUAGAGCCCAUGAUCAAAAGAUAUGCUCUAGAGAGAUUAGAAGGAGAGCGCUUUGGUGAUUUCACUAUUAGGGCUGGGUACAUUUCGGCCACUACCUCUGGUAAAGAAUGGUACGUGGGCAUGGGUGGAGAAGGAGAAUAUAAAGAAUCAUCUUGAUGCUGUUGUACUGGUUAAUUUGACGAAAUUAAUGAUGUUUACGGGACGAAAUGUUGCAGUUUUGUCGAAGAGUUACCGAUGCCGUAUCCCUGAAUAGGCCACGUUCAUUCCAGCGACGUCAUGCGCAGAUCGUUCUUGGGAAAAUUCCGGAUAAGAUCCAUGGAU